GUAGAAAGCCACCGGCCGGCGUCUGCGUGUUUCCUUUGUUUAGUGAGGAGCACGCUUUCGGACGCAAGAGUCGUCGGUACGGUGGACCGACUACGACUUGUUUGCAUCUAAUYGUCCCGGAGGAGGGUAGCACUGGCCACCGGUGGCGACACGUCGGAUGCACCYAUGUCACCCGGAUCGGUGCCCAUCUCGAUCACCACCACCUCGGCGGACGAAAUGGCACGAUCGUUGGAGUACGGGCCGUGUCGUGCCUCCCACUUUGCGUGCCUCCCGGUCGCGACAAAAAUAGCAAUACAGAUCGCGACGGCAUACCAGAGGCCCCCGGUCAAAAGGGCAACGAUGGUCAAAAAUUCCUCUGGACAGGCGUCGUUGCCCUCGCUGCGGAAGUAAGGCUCUUGGUCCGUCGAAUUCGUCGAACGCCAAUAAUCGUCAAAGUAGUAGUCGUCGGUUUCGAGCGUGUACGGCGAACAGCGGGAUUUUUCCUUCCAUGUGAGCCCCAUGAUGGUCCCCGCGAUGACGGACGAUGUACCGGCCGCAGCAGAAAUCAGGGCCAUGGACACCAUCCCGACCCGGCCCUGCCGACAACACCAAACGACCUGGAGCAAAAUCAUGCAAACCAACCCGAUCAAGAAGGUYACAAACCAUAUCCAAGAGAUCAGGAAAGCGACAAUCGAAAUUACUUGUGCGGCAAUCAUCCAUCCGUCGCUGUAGGGACUGUGUUGUGGUUCAAUUCGUCGCGUUGCAUGACAUUAUUUUGCACGGCGUUUCAAAUGAAUAGAAUCGAAAGUUUUUUGGUGCGAGAGAAUGCGCGGAAGGGAAGGAAUGAUCAGCCGUUGUUGCCGUAUUUACCGCGAAAGAAUCGUGAGAGGAACCGAUGGAUUGAUUUCUGAACCUUCCGCAAAGCGGAACUGCAAACGGAAUAAAAAUCCRCAAGCAUCAUUUCUUUCGUGCCAGUGUAGGUGUGCGCAACGCGUUGUUCGUUUCCCUUUCUGCCUCUAUCUACAUCGUUCACUUUCUACGUACCAGCACAUGCRUCGCCCGCCACAACACYGUUCUUUCUGUCCGCUAGUCAUCGUUCUCUGUCUUGGGAGGAAUUCUUCAAACCGAUGCUAGACACAGGCAGGCGAUGCUGUCCGCAAAGUCGUUACUGUUUCCCACUUGACGGUUGCUUGUGCUUUUGUUUUAGCUAUCGUAAAUGGUGGAUACUACUUGGAUCCUACCUGCUCGCAGUUUAGUWUUAUUAUUUCUUCGUUCUUAUUUCUCCGAGAUCGUGUUCUUGUGGACACAACGAAACAUUCAUCGCGUGCGAGUUGUCAGCCCAAAUCAUGAGUUACUGUUUUGAAAAAGAAUACUUGUACUACCGUAAGGUAUUUAAAAAUUACAGUAAACAAUUAACAACUGAAAAGGAUUGACCCUCCCUUUCACUAGUUGGUACCGUACGGCGCAUACCAACCGGGCGGUACGUACCUACCCGAAGGGGUCAUAAUUUAGACCCCUGCCUACCCGUACCGUAGGGUAUCUUUAUCAGUACGAGUACGUACUACUACUACGAGCACGACUUUCCAACCCUCCCUAGCUAUCGUAUCGGAGGGACGCUAGGAGUAAUGUACGUACCGUACGUACGUAGCAACAUUGAGGAUGUCCGACUUCGUAACGCAGUACGAGAACAUAUGAAUUCGCAGCCACGACUCAAAAAUGAUACAGUACUAGCGUACGUAACGUAGUACGAGAACGUUUGAAUUCGCAUCCACGACUCAAAAAAUAAUGCAGUAAAUAUGGUAAUUGAGAGGGGUACCUGGUACCUUACGUACUGGCCAAAGAACGAUGCCGUGCGAUGUCUUCUUGAUGACAAACGAAAUCGUAAACUCAACCAAACCAUGAGACUGCGUUCUCUCCCUCGCCAUUGUCGCUCGACAGAGAACUCUUCKUUUGACUCUUGUCGUUUCAUCCAUUGGCGCUGAAUGACCUGGCAAAACUACCCUCUAGAAAGGAAACCCAAGCGUUGGAACCUGCAGGUACAAAGAUCUUCCCAGGAUCACCAAAUCAUACACACCGUAUUCGGCACUGUAUUUUGGCACUAAACCAUAGCAUCAUUGGCAGUUUCGUACGGGUUGUAUUUGAGCAAUCGUCUAUUUUUCCUGCUGCAAGCCGCAAAUUGCUCAUCG